AUGGCCAUAACAACUGAAAAGAAAGUCUUCACCUCAGGAGCUCAAGAACGCACAGAAUCUUUCUCUGAAGGCCCUACCUCCACAGAAACUGUGCCUCUGCGCGCAUUUAAAUGGUCCUCUCUCUGGCGGCCUGCUGAAGUCAACCCCCUCAACCACAAAAGUACCACAUUCCCUCUCCUGCGCUUCUGGGAUACGUACUCUGCCGCGUUCUGGCUCGCCACACUAGGCUUUUUCGUUGCCUUUCUCUCAUGGUUUGCCUUUUCACCUCUUGUACCUGAGGCCGUCAAAGAGGACCUUGGGCUCAGUCAGGAUGAGGUGGUGAACUCGAACCUCGCGGCCCUUGGUGGAGCUGCAAUUGUAAGGUUGUUGGUUGGUCCAGCAUGCGACAAGUUCGGCCCACGAAAAGUGCUUGCUGCACUACUCAUAAUUGGGGCCAUUCCAUCUGGUCUUGCUGCGAUUGUUACGAAUAUACAUGAACUCCAGGCUGUUCGGUUCUUCAUCUCCAUCCUCGGAGGCACAUUCGUGCCCACGCAGGCGUACACGACUACAUUUUUUGACACGUCUAUUGUUGGCACAGCUAAUGCCUUCUCUGGCGGUUGGGGAAACCUUGGUGGUGGCGUGACUGUAGCGGUCAUGAUUGGUCUAUUUGAGAGGUUCAGGACGUCGGGGUACACUUCUCAUUUGUCGUGGCGGCUCUGCUUUUUGGUCGUUCCGCUGCCAUGUUUAAUACUCUCUGCGCUAUUCAUCUUACUUGUCGGUAGAGAUCAUCCUACAGGAAGAUGGUCCAAGCGACAAGAGUCCAUUCGCCCUAUGGGUACUAGGGUCGAGUGUAACAAUGCAAGCGGUAUAUCAACGGGACAGGAUACCCCGAUCGACCAAGAAAAGCCAGUCAUGCGAAGCAUAGUGGAAACGGCGAAAGCCAUUUCACUGGCAGUCACUCAAACAGAACCGCUCACAAAGAAAGCCUUGCUGGAAAUCCUGCAAGACGUGCGCGUCUGGACUUGCGCUGUUUGUUACCUCUUGACGUUUGGUCUAGAAACAGCACUAGAUGCCGCACUCCCCGGUCUCAUUUACAAUUUAUUUCAGAGUGAGUCAUUCACUGCGGUGGACGCCGCCUAUGCCGCGUCAACAUACGGAUUGAUGAACAUAUUUGCUCGCCCUCUUGGUGGCAUAGUGUCAGAUCUCCUUUACAAGCGCUACGGGCUGCGUUCUAAAGUCCAAUGGUUAUUUGCGACGGCUUUCGCGCAGGGCAUUGCCAUGAUUGGACUAGGAGUAUACAUCGACAGUAAUACUGCCACGAUUGGUGGGGUAAUUGGAUUUAUUGUACUAAUUGCCGUGACUGGGUUUGCGGCAAAUGGCGCCUGUUACUCUGUUUACGGGCAUCUUCGGCCAAAAAACAUUGGAGCUGUUGCAGGGUUGAUCGGUGCUGGUGGUAAUGUGGGUGGCAUUAUCUAUACCCUCAUAUUCAAGUACCAGCCAGGCACGAAACUGACAAAUUCCACAUUGUAUCCAGGAGGGUUCAAUUCCCUAGGACGAAAGUUUUGGAUCGCAGGCAUCGUUAAUGCAGUUGGUGUGCUACCAGCGUUAUUUCUUCCCCUUGGGAAUGCGAUAUAG